UGACUAUGAAGCGGGUUAUACAAAGGUCUUCGAAAUGUGUAAUACCUCGUCGGUUUGCAUCAGCCAAAGCAACGUCAUCUUUGAGAAGAGCAGAGCCAAACAUCAAAGAAAUAAUCGAAAACAAACAGGUUUAUGAAGAAUCGAUUAAGAGAAGAUGCACUAAUCGUUUGGAACCUCUCCAAUACAUUGUUGAGAACCGUGAAAAGCAACAGGAUAUUUUUAAAGAGAUCGAAGGUUUAAAGCGUAAAAGAGCGGAAUAUAGUAAUGAAUCAAUGAGAAGAAAGAAAGGUGGAAACGAACAUAAAUUAUCUAUUUCUGAUGAUGAUCUAGUGAAAGAAUUGAAAGAGAUCAAAGGAAAAUUAAAGGACUUGAGCUCACUCAAUGACAGUUUAACCUCCCGAAUCUAUGAUUCAUGGGAUGAAAUACCAAAUACGUUGGAUCCAUCAGUGCCUGUGGAUCCAAAUGAGGGCGAAAUUGUUGAAUAUAUAAAUUUCAAGGCUAAUGAAGAUAUUAAAACGUUGACACCUAAUAAAGAAUUUGACCAUAAGACUAUAGUUGACAAAAUGGGGAUCGCAGACUUUAAUAAAGCUUCAAGAGUUUCAGGAUUCUCGUGGUAUUAUUUACUAGGUGAUGGUGCAUUAUUAGAACAAGCAUUAAUCCAGUAUGGUUUAUCUAAAGCUCGUAAGCAUGGUUAUAAGAUGAUAACUCCUCCAACGCUAGUGAAGAAAGAGAUAGUGGAAGCAUGUGGUUUCAAGCCUAAGGGAACCAACGAAGCAAAACACAUUUAUGAUAUCGAGAAUCAAGAUUUAUCGUUAACUGGUACUGCAGAAAUUCCAUUAGGAGCUUUCCAUUCGAACGAAGAAUUAGAAGGACCAUUACCAAAGAAGUAUGUCGGUAUCUCAAGGGCUUUUAGAGCAGAAGCUGGUGCAAGAGGUGCAGACACAAAAGGAUUAUAUCGAGUUCAUGAAUUCAACAAAGUAGAAUUAUUCCAUUUCACAACUGCUGAAAACUCAAAACAAGAAUUAGAAGACUUGAAAGAGUUUCAAACCGAGGUUAUCAAAGAAUUAGGGAUCAAAGCUGUAAUGAUUAAUAUGCCAUCAAGUGACUUAGGUAACCCAGCUAUGAAAAAAUAUGAUUGUGAAGCUUGGAUGCCUGGUAGAGGUGCUUUUGGUGAAUUAACCAGUAGCUCGAAUUGUGGAGAUUAUCAAUCGAGAAGACUAGGUAUCAAAUAUAGACCUAGUCAUUAUGAGAAGUUGCAACAUGCUCAUACCUUAAACGGUACUUGUAUUGCAGUACCAAGGGUUAUAAUUGCCAUUAUCGAGCAGAAUUUUGAUAUUGAAACAAAAUCAAUAAGAAUCCCCGAAGUUUUAAAACCUUGGAUGGAUGGUAAAGACAGAAUAUACCCUCAAGAAGGAUCAGAAUACGCAAUUACAAAAAACUAA